CUUAACACUUUCCCGGAAUUCUGACCCAAUUGUUCUCUCUACCGAUACCAUGUUUCUUUCCCUGGCCUUUAUCCUCCUCGCUGCGGUUCCAGCCCUGUCGGCACCCGCAACCCCCUACCGCUACUAUCUAAAGUCCUCAACUGACCUCUUCAUCUCCUCCUCAAUGACCUUCAAUGGGAACACAAACUACGUCCUGCUGACCGACAAAGCCCUCGCGCAGCCGCUCACUCUCCACGACAGCGACGGGUCUAUAACCCUCGACACGUCCAACGUAAUCGGCGCAAGCUCGGAAGCCCCUGUUCUCCUCUCCAACGACAAAGGCAUAAGCGAUACCUACAAGCUGGUGGUUCUGGGCGACCAGAAGUCAGAGAAAUACACCAAGGGCUUCAGCAUUGAUAAGGAUAGCGGUGCGCUGUCAUUGGUCAAGGAAGGGUUUGGGGGAUUUGUUGCCUGCACCGCGGCGAAAGGGGUCAAGCAGGUUUAUUGGUAUAGUGAGGGGGAGGGCAGUGGCACUGUGCCGGUGAUAUGCGACGAGGUGUCUUUUCAGCGGCAGUGGAAUUUGAAUGGGACUGGCUCUGCUUAGGGGUUUGUUUGGGGGAACUCUGGAAUGCGGUUGAAGAGGUUAAACUGGAAGGAGUCGACGGUUCGACGCGCCCGGAUCCAACGGAGGAUCUGAGCGAGGCGCUAUCAGUGGUCUAGCUGGGCUUGUUGUUUUAUGUGGUUGCAUUGGUGGUGAAAGUUGUUCCUGGAUAGUCCGCGGGGCUGUCGAUCUCUUCUGCGAUCGGCAGGUUGGG